AUGGCUGUGCCACUUCAAGCCAAGUGCACUCCAAGUCCCAUCACCAACAAUAUCCCAACAAAUCACCAUCCGUCGAUUCUCCGUGUCACUUGCUUGAUUACAACAACCACCACGUCUCACCCUAACAGUGUAAAGCUUGUGGUUGUGAAUCCUCCUCUGUCCAGUGACCCAACUCUGCAAUCGACAUGGACCCACCGGUUUUGGGUUGCAACGGGCUGCACCACCGUGUUAGUCUCCUUUGCCAAAUCUAUCAUUGGAGGGUUUGCGUCUCAUCUUUGGCUCGAACCAGCUUUAGCUGGUUUUUCAGGGUACAUGUUAGCAGAUCUAGGCUCUGGUGUCUACCACUGGGCCGUCGAUAACUACGGCGAUGAGUCAACGCCUUUGGUAGGAACCCAUGUCGAAGAUUCUCAAGAUCACCACAAGUCGCCUUGGACAAUCACCAGACGGCAAUUUGCCAACAAUUUACACUUUCUGGCUCGAACCACAACUUUGACUGUUCUCCCACUAGACCUUGCGUUUAGUGACCACGUGGUUCAUGGCUUUGUAAGCGCGUUUGCAUUUUGCGUAUUGUUUUGUCCGCAAUUCCAUGCUUGGGCUCAUGGAACCAAGAGCAAGCUUCCACCUCUCGCGGUGGUGUUGCAAGACACUGGGCUACUCGUUUCACGGACACAACACAUGAAUCAUCACCGAAAACCGUAUAACAACAAUUACUGCGUAGUGAGUGGAGCGUGGAACAAGGUUUUAGAUGGAAGUAAGGUCUUUGAGGCAUUGGAAAUGGUGUUGUAUUUCAAGCUGGGGGUGAGACCAAGGUCAUGGACCGAGCCACACUCUGAAUAG